AUGUCCGCUGGAACAAAAGCCUAUGUCGACGGUAAAAUUCAAGUCCGCCGAAUCAUGAUGUUCGCCAAAUCGAAUGAUCCGGAAUCGCAAAGAGCGAAAGAUAUCCUCAACCAAUAUGAUCUCUCUACAGACGACUAUGAAUGUGUCGACAUCGAAAAACGACAAGAUUGCAUCCAAUUAGAAAACUAUUUUCAGUAUAUCUGCUACACUGAUCGCCGAAAGAAUCCAUAUAUCUUUAUCAAUCAACUGUACUUUGGUUCGCUAUUUGAGCUGAAUAUCUGUCAUCAGAAUGGUUCAUUGAAGAAAGUUUUAUCGUAG